AGACGUACCGUUCUCACACUACACCGGCAACUUUCAAUUUUGCGAAUAACAUGCCAAAAAAUAAGGGUGGCGGUGGUGGAGGUGGGAAAGGAGCUAAAGGGAAAGGGGCUGAAGGUGGAGGAGAUUCGCAACAGAAACAGACAAAGGGAGGGACGGCAGUGAAAGUUCGUCACAUUCUUUGUGAGAAACAGUCGAAGGCUUUAGAGGCAGUAGAGAAAUUAAAGAGUGGUAUGAAAUUCAAUGAAGUAGCUGCUCAGUACAGUGAAGACAAAGCUCGGUCAGGGGGAGACCUUGGAUGGAUGACCAGGGGUAGUAUGGUUGGACCAUUUCAAGAUGCAGCAUUUGCACUACAGAACAGUACUGUUAAUAGUCCUGUAUAUACAGACCCUCCUGUGAAAACAAAAUUUGGAUAUCAUGUAAUAAUGGUGGAAGGAAAAAAGUGAACUUGCUCUUGUUUUGUAUGAUUUUGGAUACUGCAGGAUCAUCAGUGCUGAACUGGUAUCAACCGUGCACCAACAGCAGAAUUUGUCUUGAAAAUAGGACAAAAUUUUAAUGAUAAAUCAUUGCAAUUCAUUUUUGUACAAAGAAAAAUAUGAUAUAUAAUACUUUUAAUAUAACAACUUUAUCUCUU